AUGGGGGCUCCAGUGCUGCAUGCCACCCUCCUGCUGCUCUCAGCCUUCCUGGCUCUGACCCAAACCAAGAACCAGAGUUUUGCUGGUGAGUGUGGGUCUGGAGGGAAACAGCCUCUGCCUGGAGGAGCAAGAGCUAUGGGAGCACCAGGCAGGACCCGGGAAGCUGCUUCUUCUUCUCAUCUCCAAGCCAGACUCUCCAGCUCUCUUCUCUAUCCCCGGUUCGGAGCCCGGUGCUCUGAACUCCUCUCAGCCCACGCACCCACUGGAGAUCCCAGGAAGAGCUCGGCGUUUCACAGCUCUCUGGUUCUGUCUGCAGGUUCACACUCCAGGCAGUAUUUGGUAACCGCGACCACGUCUCGACCGGGUCUUAGAGAUCCCCAUGUCUUCAUUGUUGGCUAUGUGGACCACAUGCCAUUUAUGCGCUUUGACAGUGAUGGAGUUGCUCAGAGGAUCCAGGCAAGAGGACCUUGGGUGAAGCAGAUGGGGCCUGAGUAUUUGGAAAUGGAGAGAAAGAAUGCGGAGAGGUAUUCACACAGGGCUCGAGAAAACCUGCGAUUCGCAAUCCAGGUCUAUAACCAGAGCGAUAAAGUCUCUCACACCUUCCAGUGUUUAAUCGGUUGCGACAUGGGGCCAGACGGACGCCUCCUCCAAGGGCAUCAUAGACAUGCUUUUGACGGCCAACAUUACAUCAGCCUGAACUCGGACCUGACAACAUGGAGUGUCGCAGACAGCACAGCUCAGAUCACCAAGCGACGGUGGGAGGCAGAUGGUGUAGCAGAGGCCUUCAGUCACUUCUUGAAAGUCUCUUGUGUUGAAUGGCUGCAGAAGCACUUGGAGACAGGGAAGGAGACUCUACAGCGCUCAGAUCCCCCAAAGACACAUGUGACCCAUCACCCCAGACCUGAAGGUGAUGCCACCCUGAGGUGUUGGGCCCUGGACUUCUACCCUGCUGACAUCACCCUGACCUGGCAGGAGGAGGAGGAGGAGGAGGAACUGACACAGGACAUGGAGCUUGUGGAGACCAGGCCUGCAGGGGAUGGAACCUUCCAGAAGUGGGCAUCUGUGGUGGUGCCUUCUGGGGAGGAGCAGAAAUACACUUGUCAUGUGUACCAUGAGGGGCUGCCUGAGCCCCUCACACUGAGAUGGAAACCAGCAACUUGGCCUGUGGUUGGAAUAACUGUUGGUGUAGUUCUCCUUGGGUUUGUCACCAUUGGAGCUCUGAUUGCCAUUGUGACCAUGAGGAAGAAGAGAGCAGGAUCCCACUCUGUAGCCCAGGCUGUCUUGGAACUUACUAUGUAGAUGUAAUGAUGAACCUUCUUUGUCAACUUGACUGGAUUUUGUGUCUCCUGGGAGUUGUAAUUCUGGUCACAUCUGUAAGAGUGUUUCCAGAGAUUAAUUAAGGAUGGCAGCCUCCACCCCUGGAUGUGAGUGACAUCAUGCCUUGGGUUGGGGCCCAAGGAUAAAAGAACAAGACAAAGCCAGAUAAGAGGAUCUCUACUCUCUGCCUCCUCAUCUACUUAAGUCUGAGGAAUCCCAGCUACAUUCUCCUGAUGCCGUGUGCUCCUCCAUGCCUUGUGCCAAGAUGGACUGGACCCUCUUAAACCACAAGUCAUAAUAAAUUUCUUCCUUUAACUUGA